AUGUCUCUGGACAACACUUCCAUCACCUUCGACGUGGAUUAUCUUAUCAAGUACCCUGACCUUAUCCUCUCCAUUUUCGGAUUUGUCACUAAUCUCAUCCAUCUUUUCGUUUUAUCCCUCAAAGUGUCCACCAUACCUAAUUUCAUAUUUCUUACUUUUAUCUGUGGAACGGAUUUGCUGCAAUUAGUGACUUCUGGAAUUAACAAAAUAUGGACGGUCCUUACUUAUAUCGAACACAAAAAUUGCAUUGGAUAUAUGAACCACGUGGAUAUGGGAUUUAAGUUUCUCAGCGUAUGGUCCCAGUACUUUUCUCUGACUGCAGCACCAUGGAUUACUGUAGUCAUGGCUGUUACAGUAAUACGAAAUGAGAAAAUAAAUUGGCAGGGUGCCAAGAGAUACGCGAUUUUUACACUAGUCGCUUCGACUCUGUAUAGCUCAAUUUGGAUUCUGAAUGCGAUUAUUCUAUUCCAAUAUCUACCGUAUGCUCCGUGCAGUGCUGACAGUUAUCUGCAACACUAUAUGGCAGAGAAUGACAACUGGGUUACUAACUCCACUAUCCUGAUGGCCGUUAUUGAAUUUUUACUAGAAUUUUCGUGGAAUUUUGGUUGUUUGGUAUUAUUGCUUAUGUUUGUUGUGAAAAAAUGUAAGAAAAAAUAUUCUGAAAAUGGCACUGUACUGCUAUUAUUAUCGUUUCUUGUACCCAAUAUCUUGAGUGUUGUUGGAUAUCGUUUGUUCACAAAAGGGGAUGAUAAUGCAACACAAGAAGUCCUUAUCAUCCCUAACGGAAUUGCUAGUCUUGUGCGAGUAUCGGGUACUUGUUGCCGCCCGUUUCUUAUCCUUUGGAAAUGUAAAGAUUAUCAACUUAUUGUGGAUUCUAUAUUUGAUAUUACUGGAGGAGUUGGAUCUAGAAUAAUCGAAGUUGAAAGCACACCAAUUUCAAAAUGA